UUUAAUGGGCUCGAGCCCAUUUCGUUGUGUUGGAUCUCUAUUACAUCGGGAACGCUACGGAGGCGAUCAGACGACGACGACGACGACAGGGGGAAGAAAAUGCCGGUGAGAGUUGUGGAGAGCAACGCGCCUGCUCAGGUUUCAGGAAGUGAUCCUGGGAAUCGAUCACCACUUCCGCGUAGCUCACUUCUUGCCGCCGGCCAGGCGUUUUCUGGUACGCAAAAUGUCUCUAAUCAACAGAAGGAGGAAGCUUGGAGAGUUAACGUCCAGAUACAGGGAGUUGACCUUGAGCAUGGAUAUCUUUGUGGCACUAUGGAAGCUCUAAACGUUCCCAUGGCAGACACUCCUGUCAUAACAUUCUGGGAAGGGGAAAUUGUUGAUGGAAAGAAUUAUACUUUUAACACCGGAAAAUGGGAAGCCACGAGGGAAGAUGAUUUGAGACAUUGGUCAAAGUUCCCAUCUUUUGCACCUCUUCAGGGACAAGUUGAAUCUGACGGUGGGAGGCAAUUGGAUCUUAGCAAUUACCCUUACAUAUUUAUGAGAUGGAAAGAGCAAUACUUUGUAAACGUUGGCACAGAUUGUGGACUAACGAUAGCUGGAUUCUACUACGUAUGCUUCUCCUGCAGUGACGGAUCCAUCAGCGGCUUCUACUAUGAUCCUAACAGCAGUCCGUUUCAGAAGCUGGAGCUGAAAACAGUUAACGAAGGAAGGUCUGGUUUCAGCUUCUCUUCUUACGAGUUGCAAUGAUGAAAUCAAAAAAAAAAAAAUAUCAGCAGACAGCGCCAUAUGAUAGCCCUCGUGGACACAUGGCAGGCACGUGAUCCAUUGAUCAAGUAACACUGUGAUAGAUAGAAAACUAAAAUACUAUUUUGUCACCAUGGUACGAGACUAAACAUUUCAAGACAUUACCACAUUUUCCAAAAAUAAUGAUAUUAUCCAAAAAAUAAUACUUCUACAAAA